AUGGCUGGCUUGUCUGCUGGCACUGCUAAAAGAAGAUGUCUUAUCUUCUGUAGCAUCCAGACUAAGCAUGCUACCUCUAGCUCGGUUGGCCAGUAUUUCUGCUGUGCCGAUUUCACAAUCCGUCUCGACGCCGAGCGCAGCUUGAGCUACGCGGCCAUGGCAAUGAAAAACUACUAUGACAAAGCUCACCAGAGGAAAUGGUUCUCUCCAGGAGACUAUGUCUACUUGCGCCUCGGCCACGGCUACGACAUCCAGGCAAAUCAAAACCUACCCCGGAAGCUAGCACAGCGCUUCGCUGGAAAAUUCAAAGUCAUCGAACGCGUCGGACGCCUAGCGUAUCGGUUAGAACUACCACCAACCUGGACAAUCCAUCCUGUCAUCAGCGUGGAGCAUCUAGAACCAGACCCGCCCGGAGAGGAUUUAUGGGAGCGUACACCCGAGCCAGCGCAACUGCCACCCAUUGGCCCACAGGCAGUAGAAAGCAUUCUUGACAAAAGGCAACGACCAGUUGGCCGCCCGCGCGCCGAUGGAAUAAGGGCAAUGACGACUGAGUACAAAGUACGAUACAGAGGUCGCGGAGCAGCCAGCGACAUCUGGAUUCCCUCUACCGAGGAAGGAUAUGGUGACCUGUUCAUCCAGUACGACCAACACAACGCCGGCCCCAAUUGA